AUGGUUAUAUCCUAUAAUUUAGACAUUCCCACAGCAUCUAUAUUUGCAUUCCUCAAAUUACUAUUUCGCUGGAAAGCAAGCAUAUGGAAAAUUGUCCUGAAAGAAUUAUUCAUUUGGACAAUUUUGUAUUUGCUUGUUACUUACUAUUAUAAAUCAGGCUGGUUUAUGAGUCAACAGAUUGAAAGUGUAUUUGCACGAACUGCAGUAUACUUUGGGAACUAUUUGAAUCGUAGUAAUCUCAUAUUUAUUUUGGGCUUUUUCGUUUCGUCCGUUGCUACACGAUGGAAUGUUUUACUACAAAACAUUGGUUUCAUCGAAAGCUUGGCACUAUUUAUUAGUGUAUGUAUACACGGGGAGGAUGAAGAAUCUCGAAUGUGUCGUCGAACUAUUGUGCGAAAUGCCUGUUUGGCGCAAUGUUUGGUACUUCGGGAUAUUAGUGUACGCAUUCGAAAGCGCUUCCCUACAAUGAAUAGUUUAGUAGAAGCUGGAUUUAUGACGAAGAAUGAACUAGAAAAAUUCGAAAGCUUUGAAAUAUCAUACGAUAAGUAUUGGCUACCAAUAACUUGGUCAAUGACACAUGUGCUGGACGCUAGAAGAAGCGGUAAAGUGAUGAAUGAUUUAGAAACAAUCAAACUUAUCGAUGAACUGAAAUCCUUCAGAGAAUGCCUACAGACAUUAACAAAUUAUGAUUGGGUACCUCUACCUUUGGUCUAUCCUCAGGUGAUAACCAUAUCUGUCUACUUUUAUUUUAUUGUGUGCCUCUUCGCAAGGCAACAUUUCAGAGCAGCUGUUACGAAGAAUCUCGAAUUUCACUUCGAUAUGGUGUUGCCCGUGAUGACAAUGGUCGAAUUUCUAUUUUAUGUCGGGUGGAUGAAAGUAGCAAUGAAUUUACUUAAUUCAUUUGGUGAAGAUGAUGAUGAUUUGGAGUGCAAUUUUUUCAUCGACAAGAAUCUCGCCACUGGUUUAUGUAUCGUCGAUAUAUGUCGCAACGCUGUGCCGAAUUUGCACUCAUCAUCAUUUUCGGGAUCUUUUGAAAAGUUGUAA